AUGGCUGCUCCUCCCCCUGCCAAAAGGCAGCGCAAGCUGGUCGUGCUCCCUUCCUCGUCGGACAAUGAGGAGACAACGCGGCCGACUGAAGCUGAAACCUACGCCAGAUCAGCGACUGUCUCGUCAAAGACAGCGAACACAACAUGCGCCCGCCACCAGCAGCAGCAGCAGCCGCCGCAAAAAGCAGUCGAAAAGACCAAAAAGAGCGUUCCCCCCUCUCGAUCCUUGCACAGCUUCUUCCAGCCCGCGACAGAAGAGCAGAGAUGGUCAUUUCACAGGUCAGGUGCGAAACCGCAGGGAUCUUCUUUUUCUUCUUCUUCAUUCCUGGAUGAGUUGGAGGAGGACAGGAUUGAGGAUGAUGAUGAUGAUGAUGACCAUCAUGCCGAUUUUGAUCUAGGGUUCUCGGAGGAAGUUUUUGAGGGGAUUUCGACGCAGAAAAGGAAGGGAGGCGGACACAAACUGCCUGCUCGCGCUUCGUCGAAGAGGUUUAUUCUGGAUGGAAUUGGAGAUACAAAUACAAAGGUCCAACCGGAUGUGGCGACUUCCUCAGCAGAAGAGAAAAUACAGCGGAAACCCUGGUCGGAGCAAUACGCGCCUGUGGAUGUUACGGAACUGGCAGUCCACAAGAAGAAAGUGGACGAUGUUCGGAACUGGUUGGUUGCUGCGUUGUCUGGAUGGAGCAGGAAUAAAAUACUGGUCUUACAUGGCCCGGCCGGCUGUGGGAAAACUUCCACCAUCUCGUUAUUACGCACUGUGUUACAUUUCGACAUCGUCGAAUGGAGGAGUCCGUUUGGGGGGGAUGCUGGCAAUGGCCAAUACGCAUCUCUGAGUGCACAGUUCGACGACUUUCUGAGCCAGCUGAAUGGCUUUGGGGGUCUUGCCCUGACCGAUUCUACUAGCUCCAACAAAGCUACGAAACAGACGUUGCAAAAGAGGGUGGUUUUGAUAGAAGAGUUUCCGGCUAGUUUGUCUCGCGGCUCUGUUGCGCUCUCGUCCUUUCAGGCCUCGCUCCGUCGGUAUCUGGCAUCCAGCCUGCAGAACAGCCAGAGUAUAGCUGAUUCUACGCCUCCGAUUGUUAUUGUAAUCUCGGAGGCCAUGCUGGGCACCAGCGUAGCCAUGUCUGAAAAUCUGACUGCGCACAGAUUGCUUGGGCCGGAAGUGUAUGCUAACCCUGCCACGACAAUCAUCGAAUUCAACCCGAUUGCGCCUACUUUUAUGCUCAAAGCGCUCCAGCUCGUCCUCAAAAAAGAGGCGAGACAUUCCAUGCGCCAGCGGAUCCCGGGCAUCGGGGUUCUCCAAAGGUUCUCUGAACUCGGCGACAUCCGCAGCGCUAUCUCGUCGCUCGAGUUUCUCUGUCUGCGAGCUGAUAAGAGCGUCGACUGGGGUGGCAGGGUUGCCGCAAAAGCCAAAAGCUCGAGUCGGCGAACAGCCGAGAUUCCACUCACGGCCAUGGAGAAGGAGUCGCUUGAACUUAUCACGCAGCGGGAGUCUAGCUUGGGACUGUUCCAUGCCGUGGGGAAAGUGGUUUAUAAUAAACGGGAUGAAAAUGGCGCGGAUCUGAGCCAGAAUGUUGAGGUUCAUCAUCAUCAUCAUCAUCAUCAUGUUGCGCCACCACGGCAUUUGCAGCACCUGGACAGACCCAAGGUCUCUCAAGUCUCUGUGGAAGAUAUGAUGGACAAGACUGGCACGGACGUGCACACGUUCGUCGCCGCUUUGCACGAGAACUACCCCCCGUCUUGCGACGGGUCGAUGUUCGCGGAGACUCUCGAAGCGUGCAUUGAGAAUCUGUCCGAUAGCGAUAUCUUGGGAUCGGAGGCCCGUUCGUCCUCGUUCAGUAGCAGGAGUGGCGUCGGUGCUGCGCGCGGCCGUUUCCUGGGUUAUGGCGCGAGUAUUGACAGAUUGCGACAGGACGAGAUCAGCUUUCAUGUUGCGGUGCGCGGGAUGCUGUUUUCACUGCCGUUUCCGGUACGCAGGUCGUCAGGUUCUGCUAGAACUUCUUCUAGCAGCAGCAGCCGCGUUGGCGGCCCGUUUAAAAUGUACUUCCCGACGUCUCAGCGUCUGUGGAAGGACAUUGAGGAAGUCGAGGGUCUGGUCAGUUUGUGGGAACGGCAGCUCUUGUCUGACGCAUCUGGAAUUUGGGGCCAGAAGUUAUCUGCGCCUGGCCACGAUUUGGGAGUCGCCUCCUGGAAAUCAAAUGCAUUGAAUGCGAGUAUGUCUCACACGGAAGACAGAAAGAAACAUGCCAACGUGGUGCCGUCUGCGAUGCCUCGAGAGGAUAUGCUUCUGCAUUAUCUGCCCUAUUUAUCAAAGAUCAUGGGCAGAGAUACAAGCACGGCGCGCGGACUGGAUAGAAUCACGCAAUUCAACGGCAUCGACGCUCUGAAAAGGGAAGACGACGACGAUAUGCCGGCCGAAGCCGAAGCGGCCAACGACUGGUCUACGGAUUCUGUCCUACAGCCUGCUGGAUUUCAGCACCAGACACAACGUCGCGCCGUUCACAACAGCCACGACAAUGCUGCUACGGCUGCAGUGAGGAGCAGAGCCCGCAUCGCGACUGAGAAUAACACCACCAGCACGAAAACAACUGCGCAUCUUGUUCCCGCCCGCUCUCCCACCGUCCAACACGAAAAGCCGGACAGAAACAACAACAAGAACAACAACAACAACAUGGCCAGCCGAAUAGCGGACGAGAAAGGCCCCGAAGAGGAGAUUGGUUUUCUCGAUGACGAGUCGCUGUCGGAUGAUGCUGGUUCUAACAGCAAUGCCGACUGGAGGAGUGUUGUGGCCGGCGUGGUCUGCUCGGCGUUGCCGCGAUGGUUUGACGCUGGCGUGGUGGGCUUGUUGAUCUUUGGGGGUUGUUGUGGGAAUGUCUUUGCAUUGGAGGCUAUCAUCAAAGACGAACCAGCUGCCGGCCCCCUGAUCACCUUUGUGCAGUUCGCGACUGUGUCGCUAUUCACCAUCCCAAGUUUCCUCUCCUGGUCCGCCGGCCCGUCGUCCUUGUUCCUGAAGGCGCCUGUCAUCCCCCUGAAAUCCUGGGUGAUCUACACCAUAUUCUUCGUCACCGUCAACCUGCUGAACAACUGGGCUUUUGCCUAUCGCAUCUCCGUCCCAUUGCACAUCAUUCUCCGAUCCGGCGGGCCCACGGCGUCUAUGAUCAUUGGCUAUCUAUACAAUGGCCGCCGGUAUUCACGCAUGCAGAUUUUCUCGGUCAUGCUCCUGACCCUGGGCGUGGUGGCUGCAGCCCUGGCUGAUGCGAAAGCACAGGGCAACGCAAUCACUCUGGGCGCCUCGUCGCCUGGAGAAGAAGGCAAAUCCACCCUCACCUUCAUCACGGGAUUCACCAUCCUCGCGCUAGCCAUGCUUUUGUCCGCUUUCCAGGGCGUCUACGCUGAUAGACUAUAUGCUACUCAUGGAAACACGCAUUGGCGCGAAGCAUUGCUUUAUUCGCAUAUGCUUUCUCUGCCUUUUUUUCUCCCGACGUAUGCCCAGCUAUCCGCCCAGUUUCGCGCGUUCAUGGCGUCUCCUUCGAUGCUGUCGGAUAUCGACCAGUACUCUGCUGCCGCCAGCGUCUUUCUAAGUCAGAGUCCACAGGAUGUGCCGCUCAUGAACAACCACAACAGAAUGAACAGCACCAUUCACAACGCAACCAUGGCACUUUCCCAUAUGGCUGCCUCGUUGUCAGCUGUAUCCCCAUCCGCCGCCCCCAUCACCCCUUCUCCUUUCCACAACAUCAACAACAACAACAACAGCCACAUCUCCACCAUCCUCGCCGCCAGCGAAGCAAGCGCAGGCCAUCUGCUCAACGCCCUCCUCGCCAAAACCCCCAGCAAAAUCUUCUACCUCCUCAUCAACGCACUCACACAGUACAUCUGCAUCCGCGGCGUGUACCUACUAGCCGCCAAAUCCUCGUCACUAACCGUGACCAUCGUGCUGAACAUCCGCAAACUAGUCUCGCUCCUGCUCUCAAUCUACAUCUUCGGCAAUUCGCUUGCAUCCGGCGUCUUGAUUGGUGCCGGCUUUGUGUUUUUGGGUGGUGCGUUGUAUGGCGUGGGUAGUGCGAGGGCCAAGGCGAAGAAUUCGAUGAUUUUGCAUCAUCAGCAGCAGCAGGACGAGGGGCGGAGGCAUCGGAGGAGGAUUUUGGAUAAAGUGUCGUCGGGGUAUACGUCGUUGAGGGAGAAGAGUCCGAGGAGGAGGAAGGUUAAGGUGUGA